UAUGUUUUCUUCUCUUUCUCCCUUGUUAUUGUUGCGAUUGCGAUUGUUGCUACUAUUGUUCUCGUUGUUAUUGUGAUUGCCGCUGCUAUUGUUCUUCCUGCCUGGCAUGUAGACAUGGCUAACGUUUCCCGAAUCGCAGUCUCCCUCGGCAAAUCUUCCGCCGCGGCGCUGGAUCGGCUGUCGAGGCAGGCGGAAGCGUUGGUGGCGAUGCUCGCGGACGAUGGGGGUGCUGGGGCGUUCGUGAAUGUGCGGAGGGACUAUUUACAGAAGCCGGAUGCGAUGGGACCAUGAAGGAGAGGCGGGAGGGCACGGUGAUUCUGCUUGCAUUGCGAACCGAUGGAGUCCUGCGAACG